CUUCAAACAUACAUACGUACCUGGUGUUUCAGUCACUGACUGUCGAUUUAUUUUUAGUGUCAGUACUGAGUAGUAGACACAUAUGUCAUUGUCGCAAGAAGCCGCCUCGUGGCUCUCGCCGCCAGCUGUGCAGCUCUCUCCUGCACCACAGGCUGGGGAUAAGGCUCCCUCGUGCCCGGAACUGCCCAUCCCAGCCAACAACAACAGACCAACCAUUAUUUCAUUCCUCAGGCACUGUGGAUGUCCUGUGGCGGAAGCAACUUUUCUCGAGCUGCGUACUGCCGCUGAAAACCACUCCGAGAUCAACUUUGUCGCUGUAUCGCAUAGCGACCAGCCAUCAACGGAGAGAUGGCUGGAGUCUAUUGGCGGAACCGGUGAAUCGGGUUCCAACCCCGUGACUGUCAUCGUCGAUGCUGAUCGCAAGAUCUAUGCGCAAUGGGGCCUGGGCGUCACUUCUUGGAGCCAUGUUCUGAGUCCAGCUGGACUUUUAUCUAUCGGGAAGCUAGGCUGGGAAAGGGGGAUCUGGAACAGGCCUACAGAGAGUGGUAGUCGAUGGCAGUUGAGUGGCAAUUGGGCGGUUGACGCCGAAGGAGGAGUGCGCUGGGGAGGACCUGUGAAGCGAGCUGAUGAGCUGUUAGAUAUUGAACAGGCGAUUUAUAGUAUCAAAGCUUAAAUUAAAAACAUGUGGGUUUAUUUGGUUUUCAAAGGUGGCAUGCUUUUGACUUAUCUAAGACAUGUCAUGGUAAUAACAAGGAACGGAAGAUUUUGUAC